AUGGGUAGCGCCGGUACACAGACAUGGCUCGAUAAGUUGUCGGAGCAAUUAAAUGUGGACGUCGACUGGAUGGACCCAGCAUACACUCUGAGUAUGCCAAUCAAACCCCACGACAUGACCAGCAACCAGGGAUGGGUCCACGAGCAAAUGUGCAACCCAGUCAAUGAAGAACUAUUCAAAAGCGUGGUAAAGGAAUACAAGGACAAGGGCUGGCUGGCUAUUUACACGCGCAUGGCGGUCUUGAUGUCAAAGGCAAACAUCGACAACAUCCAAGGCCGAGUCCUCCUCCAGACUCUCCCUUCCAAUGCCUACAACCACGAAUUAACCCUCGAGCAUGCUCGCGCUUAUGCCCGUGAGUUCGAGAGCGUUGGUAUCUCGAAGGAUCGCUUCUGCAUUAAGAUCCCCAGUACCGGUCCUGCAUUGAGUACCUGCCCGAUCCUGUUGGAGGAGGGUAUUCGUACGUUGGGAACUGCGCUUUUCAGUGUUCACCAGGCUAUUGCGGCUAGUCAGGGUGGGUGCCUAUAUAUCAGCCCGUACUAUAAUGAGGUUCGCGCACACGAUGAGCGAGAGCUCUGGCCCAAGUCCGACGACCCGGCGCUGCUGCAUCCGAUGUCGUCGCGUCUCGUUCAGAUUCUUGAGACGUAUAAACGUCUCUACAAGGAGACUGGAAAAGAGCAGCCGUUCCUCAAGAAUGCCAGUUUCAUUUCGCCACAGGAGGCAAUGGCGGCUGGUGAACUUGGCUGUCACUCUGCUACCAUUUCUCACAUGGUGUUGACUGAGCUCGCCAACCUCCCGUACGAUGGCGAUAAGCAGCCUGGAGAAGGUGUGCCCAUGCCAGCUCAUCCAUACUUGAAUGCUCUGCCGACACCAGCCCGUCUUGCAAAGAUUGCAAAGAUCGACGCUCUUGCAAACCCAGAUUGGGAUGGAAAAUUGGCAAGCACUGACAUUGACUAUCUUGCCAAUAAAGGUGCUGAGCUGGACAAGGCGAAUGAAGCCGAUGCAGUUACCAAGAAGCGUCUUCGUGAAGCCCUGGCUUUGUUUGUCGCUGCCGAAAAGAGAAGCCAGGCAAAGAUUGAGGAAGCCAUGAAGGUUGUCUGA